CAGAGGUGGUGGAGGUGUGGUCUGCGCUGUGUGUGCCGGUGGUAGUAGGCCCCGGUGAGUUAGCAUCCGAGGUUCCUGAGCUCUGCACAGUGUUCUGUAUCGCCAUGUUUCUGACACGGUCCGAGUAUGACAGGGGGGUUAAUACGUUCUCUCCAGAAGGCAGGCUUUUUCAAGUAGAAUAUGCCAUUGAAGCUAUAAAGCUUGGCUCCACAGCCAUUGGUAUCCAGACGUCGGAGGGAGUAUGUCUUGCUGUCGAGAAGAGAAUCACAUCAUCUCUGAUGGAGCCCAACAGCAUUGAGAAGAUUGUAGAGAUAGAUGCCCAUAUAGGUUGCGCCAUGAGUGGACUGAUUGCAGAUGCAAAGACAUUAAUUGAUAAAGCAAGAGUUGAAACCCAGAAUCACUGGUUCACAUAUAAUGAGACAAUGACUGUAGAGAGUGUCACACAGGCCGUGUCUAACCUAGCAUUGCAGUUUGGGGAAGAAGAUGCCGAUCCUGGAGCAAUGAGUCGACCAUUUGGAGUUGCUUUACUGUUUGGUGGAGCAGAUGAGAAAGGGCCACAGCUCUUUCACAUGGAUCCUUCUGGGACUUUUGUACAAUGUGAUGCCCGCGCUAUUGGCUCUGCAUCUGAAGGGGCACAAAGCUCAUUACAGGAGGUCUAUCAUAAGUCAAUGACACUGAAAGAAGCCAUCAAGUCGUCACUCACAAUCCUAAAGCAGGUGAUGGAAGAAAAACUGAAUGCCACAAACAUUGAGCUCGCCACAGUAGAGCCUGGGAAGAAGUUUCACAUGUACUGCAAGGAAGAGCUGGAAGAGGUUAUCAAGGACAUCUGAGCAUCAUCUCUAGCUAAAAUCUCCAGAACUGAUUGGACCACAGCUGCCGGUUCCUGUGAUAAAUUUCCAGAGUUUUUUUUUAUGAUUGUAUCUGUAUAUACAUACAGGUUCCAGGUGUCUCAAAUAAACCCUUUUCUUAUUCUUGA